CACGUCCGGACCGCGGGUCCGGCAGCUCGUCCACCCUAUCGGCGGCGCUCGUCCCUUUACUCUCCCUUCCUGGACCCACGAGGACACCAGCGUGCAUGCACGGGGAAGAGACCGCGCGCUCGGCAUUUUAACAGCGGCGGUGAUGAGGCUUCAUUCACAUCAGAUGGCCUGUACUACCUGAUCUCAUCAAGAGGAGUCCUUUACCAGACGUUCUGUGAUAUGACCACUGCUGGUGGCGGCUGGACACUGGUGGCCAGUGUUCAUGAAAACAACAUGUAUGGAAAGUGCACUGUUGGUGAUCGCUGGUCUAGUCAGCAGGGCAACGACCCAAACCGGCCUGAAGGUGAUGGGACAUGGGCAAACACAGUCACAUUCGGAGAUGCGGAAGCUGCUACAAGUGAUGAUUAUAAGAAUCCUGGAUACUAUGACAUUGUGACACAGGAUGUAUCUGUGUGGCAUGUUCCUAAUAAUAUUAAGCUGGAACAGUGGAGAACUGCCUCUUUCCUUCGAUACCACACUGAAAAUCACUUCUUAACCCAACAUGGAGGAAACCUUUUCAAUUUAUUCAAGAAAUUCCCUGUGAGGUUUGGAAUCGGGACAUGCAUCACUGAUAAUGGACCUGCUAUUCCAAUAGUGUAUGAUACUGGAGAUGCGACAUCAACCAAAAAUCUGUAUGGUCCUAUUGUAAGAAGUAUGUUUGAGGCUGGAUUCAUCACAUUCAGAGUCUUCAAUACUGAAAAGGCAGCUAUGGCUAUUUGUUCAGGCGUUAAACCAACCAAUUGUCACACUGAACAUUUCUGUAUUGGUGGAGGUGGACACUUUCCUGAAGGGGCUCCUAAACAGUGUGGGGACUUUACGAGUUUUGACUGGAAUGGCUAUGGUACUAAUAUACACGCUAGUGCUACCAGAGAGAUGACUGAAGCAGCUGUACUUCUCUUUUAUCGCUGACACUCUGAUCAGUCUAAAAUCUUCUCUUUGAGUAAUAUCACACUGCUUAACACUGAAAUGUUACAUGCACAAUUAUUUUCACAAAUGUAUAUCAUCACAGUAUAAAUCCUUUAUUUCAGUCUGUGUAAAAUGUUUGUCACAUUUGAAAAAUAUUAAAAGUUUAGAAUAUACAAAGACACAAUGACAGACUUUCAAAACAUACAUGAGAUCCUUCUUUCUUUAGUGUCUUUGUUACCUUUGUUAUCUUUGUUGCCAUGCACCUAUGCUAUAUAAGGAAAAAAUAUUUUUGUCAGGAGGAUUCUCUGUAAUUGGUAUGAGGUCCUCCUGGUCAUGAUUAAAGCAUAUUCAAAGACAUUAUCUGGAGUCUG